CAAGCGAGGUUCGGUGUUUCUGCCGCAGAGGAAUGCAAUUGGGUCGAGGGAAGAUCAAUUAAGUGGCCCUAGAAUAUCGUUUACUUUUGCGUCUACUUGCAAGCGAUGUCCUCCGUGCUGGUAAUCGGGCACCGGCGGCUGAGCCGCGUCCGAAAACUCUCCGAAGGCGGCUUCGCGUUUGUGCACGUGGUGCAAGACAGCGGCACGCGCGAGCAGUUCGCGCUCAAGGAGAUGGCCUGCGAGACCGAAGAGCAGAAAUCUGUCGUCGCAAAGGAGCACCAGUUUUUCACGGAAAAGCUUCUGGCACUUGAGGCAGCAGCGAACAGAAGCACACGUGGAGCACCUAGUAUUCCGCCGGGGACGGGCUCGGAGGUGAUGCAGAAUUUUGUUCGCUUUUUUGGCUUCGCACGGGAGCGUAUCGUCUGCAAAUAUGCCUCGGCUCUGAAAUGCACAAGCUUGUUCUGUACAUUUUGCCUGGCCAUGCAUAGGCAGCAGAACUCGGCCACCCAUUUAUUUUCACCGAAAGAGGGACUCGGACUUUGUCGUGAGAGCUAUGGGAUGUUGAGAGACCUUGUCAAAACCUGCAGUGGCAGAGCGGUCCGCGACCAAUCCGAGACCUAUCACGUCGCGGGACGACAGACACGUGACGUGACCCAGGCAUAUUCACGUCGCGGACGACAGACACAUUCAGAAGACCCAGGCAUAUUUUCAUUCGAUAGGGUCGACGACUGGAAACGCAUGCUUUUUGCUGGAGUUUUGCAGUAUCCAAAAGAAAAGUAGGUCCAUGCCGGAGGAAAUCUUGAGAGGUCUUCUUCUCGUUCUUUCAAGCGCAUGCGCUUGGUUUGGUAGUUUUGCGGCACAAAAAAUUAGCGAUAUAUCAUGCGCGAAAGGGCCGCGGGUCGUACACGCAAAAUGGAGAUGAACGUAGCGUCGUAAAAGAAGCCGAGAAACUCCAAUAAGAGGAAGAUCUGCGCUGCGGAACAGACAGAAGCCGCUCGUAUUCAGAGAGCUUCAGCGCAGAUAUUUUCGAAGGCGGCGUGACUGUGCUUUUCCGUGGAAUUUGCAGUGAUGGGCACUUGCUUGGUUUGCUGGAAAAGUACCCGCGAGGCCGCAUGACCGAGCCGCACGUGUGGGGCUGUGCCUUGCAGCUGACCCGGGCCCUAUCCGUAUCUCUCGCAACACGUCUUUGCCCCAUAAUUACGACGGGCACUCCCCAGGGAAAAGAUCUGAAGAAAUGAGAAAAGAUCUGUGGAGAGCGGUACACACCACAAAGAAAAAGCCUUGGUCGUUGUAGCUGCGCACGACAAGUCUGGGCUCGCAGUGUGGAAGUCGUUGUUUGUCAUCGAAUGCCUUUGUUCCCUUUGUUUUCAUGAUGAUAGCAUGACAGGACCUGCAAAGCGCGUUUGAGUUUGUGGCUUCGGUCGGUUUAGCGUGGCAAAUUCCAAAGCGCGACUGCUAGAAAACGCCUCUAAUGUUCUUGCGGCUGUGCAGGGGAAACAUCCGGAGUGCGCGGCGAAAUGUGGGAUGGGGACAAAUUUCCUUAGGACAAUCGCACUUGCAUAGUUUGAAAAUCCAGCAUCGCGAUUUGAAAAUCGAGAAUGUGCUUGUGGCCUCGGCUGCACCCUCAGCAGCCACCCAAGCGGCGUUAUCAAACGAUGAAGAUGCCCCACCCAUACAACUCAAAAGCCAGCAAUCCUGCGGUAUUUAUUCGUAGACACAAUGAAGAGUUUUGCUUGACGGGUAUCAAGUGGAUUGUAGUUUGUGAUGGAUGCGACGGACAGUGGUAGUCUUCUGUGGGAGCUACUUACUGCCGAGACUGGAGUGCAAACACAAAUUGCCGAGACUGGAGUGCGACACAGCGCCCUGGCGUUUCUGUUUUGCAAUUCGGAGUAGAUUUUGUUCUAGCAAGAAAGCCGGUGCUGCGAGACGACUGUAAAGGAGGGUCUGUCCUCAUCGUGAUACACAUUUUUUGGGGGCGUGUAUUGCAUUGUAAAAUCCCACGUCUCGUUCCUGCAUACUCAAAGCUAGGUGUCGGUCCUCUGAUGCUGGAUUUGCGACUGGAAAAUCUUUUGCUGGAAGAGGGGAUUGCAGGCAUAUAGAUAUAUGACUCUAGUAGGCCCUCAGAGGUAUGCAGCAGGACUGUAUCUUCUAUUUUGGUCUUGCCAUCGCUGAGCAUUGCGAAAAGGAGAAAGACCGCAAAGCGAACGAGUAAAGUAUCCGCGUUCCCAUGAUGCAAAACGAAGGCAUUUGCCGACGCGAAGUCAGCGACGCACCUGAGCAGGCACGCUUUUGAGUCUGGGGGGAUUUAUUUUGCUCUUGAUACAAUGGUGCUGAAACUCUGCGACUUCGGCUCUUGGUCAGACGAAGAAAUCGCGGAUCCGGGUACCACGCUGAGCAAGCAGCGGCUGGCUCAGCUCGAAGACGAAAUCGCUCGCACGACCACGCUGAGCUACCGGCCACUAUCAAAUGUAAAAAUGUUUGGGUCUGGGAGAAUGCAACUUGUCAUGCUAAAUCUGAAGCAUGCAAAAAUCUGUGUUGCGUGAUAGAUUACCAAAAGUCGUCCAGUUUUGACCAAGUCGCGAGGGAGUGUCUCAUGCAGGAUAGGCAUGAGAGAGAUCGCGCGGAAUCUGUCAUGCUAGGUCCUGCAUUCCAGACCUCAUGGGUCAUGGAAAAGCUGCAUGACAAAUCGCGCACUCUUCCAGACCCAGACAUUUUUGCAUUUGAUAGCCACCGGAGUUGAUCGAUCUACACCGGGGCUGGCCCAUCUCCACGCAGGUGGAUCUGUGGGAUCUGGGCUGCGUUCUGUUUAUGCUGUGCUUUGGGUUUCACCCGUUCCAGGACCAGAGCUCACUCGCUAUUGUGGGCGCCAAGUACCUAUGCAUUGCAAAACUAUCGUACUAGUAUAACUCGCAUUACAAAUUUUUCCAGAAGGAAAAAUGGAAUUUGUAAUGCUGAUUUUGCUAAGAAACAUGCAUGAUUGCAAUUAGUACGACUACGAUACUUUUGCACAGGAUAGUACCGCACGCCGAGCGGGGAAGUUUCCGACCCACUGGAAGUCGCCGUGCACGCUCUGUUUGCCGUUGACCCACGGGAACGGGUCGGCACCGCGGCCUUCUUGAACUUCUUGCAGACGGGGGUGCCUAUUCUAGAGAAAAGGACGCAGCACCUCCCAUGUACCUCCAUGUAUGUUGGGAAAAGAACUCGUUUUUUGAGCAUCACAAAAUGAAAGACAAGCGCGGCAGCUUCUUUUCGUCCAGCACCCUUCUGGUGAUGUUGGGUUUGUGAUGUUGGGUUUCGCGCAUUAAUAAUACACGUUGUGCUUUGUAUGACAAGAGCCGUCUCCAUAGUUGUUUGUGCUGGCGCCAUUUUGGUGACGCAAUCUUCUUCGCAUUCUGGUACUAGGAGGAUGUGAAUGAGCUUUUCUUUGUGAUAACGCGUGAGCAGUUCCAAGAUCAUGUUCCGGAGGCGGAACGCACCGCGCUUUUAUCCCAGGGAAAGAAAGCUCGCAGGGAUACUUAUUUACAACUCAAAGAUAUUUUACACAAAAAGUUAAAGUUUUGCAUAGCCGUCGAAACGCCAUGCUAUGACCUGGUGCUCAUGAGAGGUUCUCUUUGUGCCUAUUUCUUUGUUUUUGCAUUACAUCAGAUGAUAUGGGGGGGGUUCCUGCCAGUUUUUUGUUUUUCUCUGGGAUAGUUUCCGUACCCUCAGCAAGCACGUUCCCACCCUCUCAUAGUCAAGAUGGAAAGUACAUGAAUCAACAAGGUUUGGUAGUUGUUCUGCAUCACAAGUUUCUUGGGCUCGCUAAGUAGUGCCGUUGCGUCGCAAGUGGAAUAUCGCAUCCUGAUUAUAGCCCGACGAAUUCUAUUAAAAAAACGCGGAAAAUUAUGCCUCUCAUAGGGCAGCCGCAGCGCGCAUGAGUAACAUCUCAGACAUGCUUAGAUGUGCUGCGUGACAAAUAUGGAGCGUGGGCCCCGCUUUUACACAGGAUAUUUCGCUUCCCGCAACGACCGUACUCCGCCUACAGCGCGAGGCCAAGCUUUACGGCGCCAGGGUGCCUGCUUGUGUUCUGCAACGAACUACUUCUGCGGAUCGCCGCGGUCAAGAUCUUUCGACGGGCACGCGCGACACUGCGGCCCCGCGAGAUACGACUGCAGGAGCAGCAGUGGAACAAGGAAGCGGCCUAA